ACUCCGUCCUCUCUCUCUCUCUCUCGCUCGCGAUUCCCCAGCCACGCCCCUCGCGCUUCCUCCACGCGAAAAAAAAACUUUUUUAAAGGUCCGUUAUCUGGACAGGAGGAACCGACAGGUUACCGGAACACUGGGUUAAAGUUUCAGACGUGAAUUUUCAACGUUACUUACCAGCACGUGCCACCGGAUGCCGCGUGCGUGUUAAAGAAAAAGAUUAGUCUUUCAUUCGGGGGCGACAGUAAGUUAGAGAGAGAGACAGAGAUGUGGGCGGGCGGCGAACCGAAUCUGCAACCGUUAAAUUAACCGCAAACUCACAGCGAACCAGGAUUUAACGUUACCGGACAACACGAGGAUCCGUUUGUUUUUCAUCUUAAAGACACUUCUGUGGAAUAUAACUGAGAUUUAACCGCUUUUUGGCAGGUUUUUCAGCAGUGGAUCACCGGCUGCGCGGAGGCUCGCGACCAACGCAACAUGUUGCAGUGGCUGAGCGAUGUGUUCUGGCAGGAGCGUCUCUGGUUCCCAGUAGGUUUAGGGUGGGCGGAUCUUGAGGACAGAGAUGGGCGUGUCUAUGCGAAAGCAAGGGACCUGUGGGUGGGCCUGCCCAUCGCCUUCACCUUCCUCAUCCUCAGGCAGUUGUUUGAGAGGACGGUUGCAACCUCUCUGGCCUCGAUGCUCGGAAUAAAAGAAACAGUACGAAUAAAUGCAGCUCACAAUCCAACGCUGGAGUCGUACUACUGUCACAGCAGCAAAUACCCUACACAGAAGUGUGUAGUGGAGUUGUGUAGACAGAGCGGUUGUACAGAGAAACAGCUGCAGCGUUGGUUCAGACGGAGAAGAAACCAGGACAGACCUAUCCUGAUUAAGAAGUUCAGAGAGGCCAGUUGGAGGUUUGUGAUUUAUCUCUUUGCCUUCGUUGGUGGGCUGCUCGCUCUCAUCGACAAACCAUGGCUUUAUGAUUUAGAGGAGAUGUGGAAGGGAUUCCCAACUCUGACUAUCUUACCCUCGCAGUAUUGGUACUACAUGCUGGAGUUGGGAUUUUAUCUGUCUCUCCUCUUCAGCGUGGCUUCAGAUGUCAAACGCAAAGACUUUAAAGAGCAGGUCAUCCACCAUGUUGCUACCAUCACACUGAUCAGUUUCUCUUGGUGUAUGAACUAUAUCCGCGCAGGAACGCUCGUCAUGUUCCUGCACGAUUCCUCGGACUAUCUACUGGAGUCAGCGAAGAUGUUUAACUACGCAGGAUGGAGGAAGACGUGUAACUACAUCUUCAUUGUGUUUGCUGUGUUCUUCAUCAUCACACGACUCCUCAUCUUCCCAUUCCGGAUCCUGUACUGUACGUGGGUGUAUCCUCUGACACUCUACCCGCCGUUCUUCGGGUAUUACUUCUUUAACGGGCUGCUCCUGGUGCUGCAGUGUUUACACGUGUUCUGGGCCGCGCUCAUCAUCCGCAUGGCACUGCGCUUCCUGCCUCGCAAUGAGAUCGUGGAGGACGAGAGGAGCGACAGAGAGGAGACGGACGACACAGAGGACGACGACGAAAACGAGGAGAGGAACGGAGAGAUAAAAAAGCACAGACUGUUACGGAACGGCUACACCUUGCACAACAACAACCACCGCAACCACCACAAAACACACUGACAGAGAAACACACACACACACACACACACACACACACACACACACACACUGGGGGAAGGAGGUUCUGGUUAUGUUCGCUUUUCCUCACUCCACACACACACACACACACACACACACACACACACAGAGGGAGGGAGGUUCUGGUUAUGUUCGCUUUUCCUCACUCCACACACACACACACACACACACACAUGAACACCAUAUGAUCAUGGGUUUAUACUGUCCUGGUACAGAUGCUGCUCAAGGCCCAGACAGGAGUCUUGUGGGGGGAGGGGGGGGGUUAUGGGGGAAAGCUCUAGAUGGCUGACGAUGUCAUCAGGUCACAUGACCACCCUUUGGUGCUUCCAUUGGCGUAACCUAGACAUUUUCCCAAAGGAUUUGAGGUAAAUUAUGUGUAAAAUAUUAGCUUUAUUUUACGUCGCUCACGAGUCAGUAGCGAGGUAGCUAAGUAGUUAGCUCCAUCAGGUUCCUGCGAUUAUCUGCAAUAUUUAUUCGGGUCAUUUGAGCGUGAGAUGUUUCAGUAGUCACAUAUAGCUAGAGAUGUGGGGCUGUAACCUGGGCAGGGUGCGCUACUGUCUAUAUACUGUCAUACCAGAGAGAGGGAGAGAACUGUCGUCUUGGGUUUAACGAAUUAUGUGCCUUAUGCGUCACGUGUCCUUUAUGUCCAUGUCUGAUCACCGUAUGUAUGUAAUAUACGUACAUGUUGCAGAUGGUACACUAAGAGUGUAUUAAAGUAGUACAUCUAGGACACGUCCUCCAGCAGCGUUUUUAAGCCACGACUCUUUACCUGGUAGUCUAUUGUAUCUUUAAAAAAAUUACAAAUGUCAUGGCUGCGUCCCAAAAUCCAAAAUCACCCCCACACUAAAUAAUUACUCUGAGACCGGCCUUGUUUCAAAUUACAUACUAAUAUACUACCUGAAAAAAAAAAAGUGUUGUGAAACACAUCUAGAACAUAACCAGUUUGGGUCAAAUAAAAUUUUGCAGUGGUUGAGGUGUUGGACUGUAAAAAGAGUGGCUGUGUUCCAAACCACACUAAUAAUAAUAAUAAGACAGCCUAGCAUUAGAAAAUUGCGUACUACCAAAGAAAAUAGUGUUCAUUCUUUUUUUACCUCCUUUUUCGUUUUUUUUUUUUUUUUUAUUAUUAUUAUUCCUGUUUUAAACACCUGCUGCGUUCACACUCCACCCCCCAAACCAAAACUUUAACAGUGUUAUUUUACUUUUCUGUACAUUGAGCUGACAUAAUGGAACGAUGUUACGAUGAUAACGGAGAUAAUAAACCAAUGAGAACCACA